AUGUCGCUACUUAAACUUCCCGCUGAACUUCUACUAAAGGUAUCUUCACAUCUAGAAUAUGUUUCCGAUCUCGACUCCCUCUAUCAAUGUCAUCCUUUCCUGUAUACUUUGUUAAAAGACAGAGUCGACGAACUUCUGAAGACGGAGCAGUCUAUCCAGCAUCUCGCAUGGGCUGCAGUGAAUGGGAAGGAAACAUGUGUUCGCAAGCUGCUAGAUGUAGGUGCGUUAUUCGAUGAUUCGUUCGCUAGUGAUGCUGCGCCUGGGGAUGCUGCGCCUGGGGAUGCUGCGCCUGGGGAUGAUGAGUCUAGAUAUGAUGCCGUAGCUGCAAAGUAUGGUCAUUUUGAUGUUGUCCAGAUGUUCCUCGAUCGUAGAAGAGACCCGACUCCAGAGAUCAACGAGUACAUCUACGUCGACCUUGAUCACCUUGUUGUCUUCGGAAACCCAUUGUCCGUCGCAGUGCUAGGGGGUCAUACCUCAGUUGUCAGUCUCUUGAUUGAACGUGGAUUUAUCAAACGCUGUGCAGAACCCCGGCGAAAAGCGGUUGUGCGACCUAUCAUUAUGCUUGGCUGCCCUUUGCAUCAUAUUGCCCUAGCUCCUGCUACAAGCGCAACUGUAGAAAUCGUCCGUCUUCUAAUUGAUGCUGGGGCUGAAUUCUGGACAAGCAUGAAUGGCGACGAUCCAGUCUUUUCUGCCAUGGAAACCGGCAAUGGGCUGUUUCUCAAUUACACCUUCCCACUAAUUGAGACUGACACCGAAAUAUUUCUGAUGAUGCUUCAUAUGUUCACCGGAAAAUACAAGACAUUUACCUCGUCCCUCCUGAAGAGGAUUGAUUUAGACUACACAAUCACCUUUGGCGCGAGAGAACGAUGUAGUCUUCUGUGUGUCGCUGUAGGUGGCGGCUUCCCGGAUCUGUUGGAGAGAAUACUAUUAUUGAGGCCUUAUUAUUCAAAGGAAUGGUCUUGUCCCAAAGGCCAUGGAAGUCUUAUGGCUCUCGCUAUUGCAUCUGGCCAUAUCGGAACGAUAGAGUUAUUUCUCGAAUAUCGCGCCAAGCUUAGGACGGCCGUGACUUAUCCCACACUCAUAGUGGAAGACAAUGACGGACGCUGGAACUUCGAUGAUUGCCCUCCUUCAAUGAUUCUUGCGCUUAACCGAGGCCAUGAUGAUGUCGUGAAGUACCUCAUCAAUAAGGGCUUUGAUGUCGUAUUUCCGUCGUCACGUCAUGGGAAUGGUUUUUUCAACAGAGCACUUUAUCUGGGCAAAGCGGAAAUCCUCCAGAUGCUUCUUGGGAGUUCUAGUCCAUCAAUCGAAGAUAUUGCGUUGUUUGGUGAUGGCCUGUCGAUUCAGCUCGCAGUCUUGGGGGGAGAAGCCUUCUUCAAAUUACUCCUUGAGCAUGGAGUACAACUGCGACCGGGUCACGUUGGACAUUGCCGCGCAUUCGCAUGUGCUGCUUUGUUAGCUAACGUGCCUACCUUGACGAUGUUUUUGGAUGCUGGUUUCAGUCUGGAUAAGCAGGCUUCAGACAAUGACGAUGACACAGUCGGCCUGUUAUUGGAACUCGAUGAAAAUAGAGGUGUCACGCUCCUCGCUCUCGCGGCUCAGACGAAAGAUCGCAAUGCCGCGGAAGCUGCGGUUGAUUUUUUGCUAGAACGGGGAGUGCAGCUCAACCAGUUAACUGGCUCUUGCAAUCACACGCCUUUACUCCGCCUAGCCUUGGGGGUAGCUGGAAAUAACGUUAGCACUGUCAACUCUUUCGUCGAGAAAAUAACCAAGACCAAGGUGGACGAAUACGAGGUUAAGCGACUACAAUACUUUGAGGAAACUAGCGACUACGGAUUACUGGCAAGACAGCUUCUAUUGGAGAAGGGGGCCGAUCCUCUAUUUUUGAACAGAAGUGGAAAGUCUGCCUUGACCGUGACCGCAUGGAGAAAUGAUAUCAGAGAGGUCAAGAUGUUGCUGGGAUAUGUCGAUCCAAACGUUCCGAUCAGUACGAUCAAUUCUCAUAUAUUGACAGCGAUGGCCCUGUUUGAUGAUUCUCGCGACACUAUUCAAGACGAGAAAAGACCCUCUUUGGCCAUGCAAAAGACUCCCUGGAAUAUUUAUUGGCGCAAGGUUUACCCUUGUCCUAGCGAAUAG